AAAGUAGAAGAAGAAGCAGACCAAGACGUCCCCUUCCGGUCAGGCACACAAGGUCGUCACAGCAGCAACAGCUACACGCUAACAUGAUGUCCCUAGCUGCCCGGUCAGGGCCUUUUUCUCCUUAUAUGCAGGCCACUGCUUUUGCUGUCGCUGGUCCCUUAAAAGCCCUGGUCCCUGGGAUUGUUUUGAAGGGGGAGAAAAUCUUGUUGAACCCGAAGGAAAAACUCCUCUGCCGCGAGACGCUGAACGGUCAAAGCCCAAAGACGGGCCCUGCGGUGAUGGUUAGCAUCAACGGCUGUGCAGGAGUCAGGUUUGCCCACACAGACGUAAGGAUACCUGAUUUCUCAGACUACAGGCGUGCAGAGGUGAUCGACCCCAACAGGUCAUCCCAGGAGAGUGGUGAAUCUAGAAGAGUAUUCUCGUACUUGGUUACUGGGGCCUCAACAGUGGUGGGUGUCUAUGCCGCCAAGACAGUGGUGACUCAGUUUGUUUCUUCAAUGAGUGCUUCAGCUGAUGUCCUGGCCCUAUCCAAGAUCGAAAUCAAGUUGAGCGACAUCCCGGAAGGCAAAAACAUGACCUUCAAGUGGAGAGGCAAGCCGCUUUUUGUCCGUCACCGCACCGAGAAGGAGGUCGCCACAGAAGCUGCUGUGAACAUUGCAGAGCUCCGAGACCCUCAGUACGACAAGGACCGGGUCAUCAACCCCAGCUGGGUUAUCGUCCUCGGGGUGUGCACACAUUUGGGCUGCGUGCCAAUUGCCAAUGCCGGAGACUACGGAGGUUACUACUGCCCCUGUCACGGCUCGCACUACGAUGCUUCAGGCCGAAUCAGAAAGGGUCCUGCACCCCUCAACCUAGAAGUCCCCUACUAUGAGUUCCCAGAUGACGACACGGUGGUGGUGGGAUAGACGACUGCGUCAGACUGAAAUCACAUAGUACAACAGUUUUUUCUCUGGCUGUAACACAGCUUAUAUUAAUCUGAUAAAGGAAAUGUUGAGGGGUAUUUGUACUCUGUUUGUCUUAUUGCUUUUGCUAGCAAAAUAAACUGUUGACAGCAGCUUCCUAGAGGAAAUAACACUGAUGACCCCAAAACGUUAUGACCGACAUGCGUGUUAUGAAAAACUUCUCCCGAACCAAGCAGUUUGUGAUCGGGAGCACUCCACCUGUCUCAUUGCAUCUGAGAAUUUCCAACCUAUUCAUUUGCCUAUCUCUCCUGCAUCCAACACAUAGACUAGCAAAACUUUUAACAUGACAUACAUCAUACAGGGUUCCUACGGUCAUGAAAAACCUGGAAAAGUCAUGGAAUUGUAAAAUAUUUGCAGGCCUGGAGAAGUGUUUGAAAAAAAUUAAAUCUCAAAAGUUUUGGAGAGGUCAUGGAGAUUUGUUAUAUUCAUAUUUUCAUGUCGUUCAUUUACCCUGCGUUUCAAAUAAUUCAUGUACUUUUAAAAGAAAUACGCUCAAAAUAUAAGCAGGCUUACACUCCUACUAAUUGAAAAGUUCGGUUGGGAAGCAGGCAGGAUAAUGCUAUAUGCCAGGGAAGUGUAGAUUUAACCAUACUUGACUACAAAUGGAAAAGUAUAUGUCAUGGGUUACAACAGACAAAGACCUCAAUCAAAGCAUUGUCUGUCGUUCAUUUGAGUCAUUUAAGGUGUACUGUAUGCUUUGUAAUUCUCAGCUUAAAUACAAAUUGUCACUUUUUCAUGUAUACGAGAUUUCACAAAAUGUUUGAUCAUGAAAAUUUGGUUUAAAGUUAAUGAAAGGUCAUUCAAAAUGUGUAUGAACCCUGAUCAUAUUCCAGAUGUUGACUUGUGGUAUUGUUACGAGAUAAUCUACCACCUGUUAACAGUCUUAAUGUUGUAGCUCAUCACUGUAUAACUGUCUCCCAAUUUUUCCAAAGAUGACAAAAUUUUUCCAGUCUACUUCUGUUGACAGUCCUGAAAUAUUUAAUGCCAUGCAGCUGCUUCACAUAAUGAAAGGAGCAAUCGGGUAUGUCAAUAAAUAUAAAAAAAGUAUUUGACAUCC